GCCGCGGCGACGACGAGCCAGUGGAAGGCUGGCGCCGCCUCCCGCCUGUGCCGAUCCCGCGGCAGCAGGGCGACGAUGAUCGGCUUCGAGAUCCUCGCUCACGUGAGAAAGUUGCCAAGUAAGGCUGUCGGGUUAAUCGGGCUGUUCCCCAGAGGCGACGCGCCACAAUCGCCGGAGGCUGGUGCGGGACGAGAUGUGCUGACGCUACCAGUAAGGGAGCUGGCGCCUGUACUGGCCUGCGAACGUAUGAAGACAGCGAAGAGUGUGCUGAGUGGCGAUGGGUCCCCUGUCAAUUCGGCGUCGUGGACAGAGUUGCAGUGGCAGGGGGCCCAGGAGAUGACGAUCCAUGUGUGGGUUUUCCUCAGCAUCAUGGGUCUUAACUAUUUUUAUCUCGGCCACCUGAGCAAGGGCUGCUGGGGGUCUGCAGGGGCCUGCUCCCAGGCCCAGCUCGCUAGCCUACAUGUGAUCGGUGAGACGGUCGAGUGGCGCGUCGGGAGCGUUCUGGAGGAGGUCGAGAUGCCUUAUUGGCCGCAGGAGUUGAUGAAGAGCAGGACCUGCUGCAAGAUGGAUGAGGACUGCCGAGCUCUGCCGCUCGACCUCAAGGAGCGCUGGAGCCAGUAUGUCGGGGCCGACCUGGGGGAGUUGUCGACUAAACCCGAGGUCUCCUUGCUGUCCGAGGCAGAGUGGCCGUCCAAGCCCUCCAGGGCGAAGGCCAACGUCGAGCGCGUCGAGGACGGGUGGUUCAUCGCCGUGAAGCUGGUGGAGCUGGGACUGUUGAAGCCCAUCGCUGCUGAGCAGAUUUUCCAGGCUCAGGGCAAGCGGGUGACCGAAGGGCUCUUCGCAGUCACGAAGAGUGGCAGCCCAGGCCCAGGGGCUGCGAGGGUGACAAGGUUGAUAUCCAACUUGGCGCCCACCAACGCUUACCUGCGCCCGCUG